CUAAGAUAAACCUACCAUCAUUACCUUUUAACUCAACUUCUACGUAAAGUUUCCGCAGUGCUGGUAGCGAUCGUUCACACUACUACCACAAUCACAAAUAGCUGAUUUUCGACAUGGAGAAAGCUACGAGAGUGUGCUCCAAAAGAACAUACGAGAACGCACUGAAACUCCUUGAGACCAGGCGGAGAAAAGCAAGGCCAAAGACCAGUCAUGCCACCAACACAACGUCCACCUCCGCGACUGCCAAUCAGUCAUCGGUCAAGGCUGGUUCAUCUCUCCGAGGGACACCGAGCUUGAUGGGCAUGAAAGACUGGCUCCGGAAGAUCGGGUACACGGAUCGCGAUAUAGCGGCCUUGAACAUCGUACAUGUCGCCGGGACGAAAGGCAAAGGGAGUACCUGUGCAUUCGUCCGAUCGUUGUUACAACAAUAUGGCAAGAGGACAGGCUUCCCGAAGAAAGUCGGUCUGUACACUUCGCCUGACCUAACGUGCAUUCGAGAGCGCAUUCAAAUCAAUGGAACACCUAUCUCGGAGGAUUUGUUUACGAAGUAUUUCUACGAUAUAUGGGAUCGCUUGUUCGUACGACAUGCCGAGGACGAAAACCUACCCCAGCCUCAACCAAGAUACCUGCAAUUCCUGUUAUUGCUGGCCAUCCAUACUUUUGUUAAGGAGGGAGCUCAGGCUACGAUCAUCGAAACUCAUCAUGGUGGCGAGUAUGAUGCUACUAAUAUUGUUCCCGCGCCUGUUGUCACUGGCAUAACCUCGAUUGGACUCGAUCAUCUGGCGCAACUAGGUCCCACGAUUCAGGACGUCGCGUGGCAUAAGGCGGGUAUUUUCAAGAGCGGAUCUCUUGCUUUCUCUGCGCCGCAGGACCCCGAAGUCGAAGCCGUGUUGCGAUCGAGAGCAGACGAGAAGGAUGUUCAGCUUGAGAUCGUCGGAGUCGACCAAUCGGUGCCUCGCGAUGCGAAUGCGUUGCGUGCACCGGUCCAGCGGAUCAAUUGUUCCUUGGCGAUCGCCUUGGUCAGUGCGUUCCUCUCGAGGAAGAGUCCUUCUGAUGAGAAAGCGCUUCGAAGGGAAGAUAUUGAAAACGGUAUUGAGCACUUCUCGUGGCCUGGCAGAUUCGAGGUUAUCAAGACUCCGAAUUGUACUUGGUACCUCGACGGUGCGCACAAUGAAUUGAGUAUAGGACAGGCGGUGCAGUGGUUCGCUGAGAUGACCAGAUAUACCGCUGAGGGUUCUUCAAGUAUGGUCAUUUUCUCGCACGUGUCCGAAGAGCGAGACGGACCGUCCCUACUCAGAGCCCUAGCGAGAGCGCUUGAGCACAGUGGCGUUCGAGGUCCCGAGAUGGUGUUUACAACGUAUCAAGAGCGACGGGACGGGAUGGUUCGACUUGAUAAGACGCUGAAGCCUCCGGAGGACGAAUCGUUGAAGGAACUACCGAAGCAAUACUGCGACAUGUGGAAAUUGAUGCACUCUGACGCACGGACUAGGUUUGAGCCUUCGAUUGAGGAGGCGUUGGAGUAUGCGGACAGAGUCGGCUCCGAGCGAGGUGGUAAGUUGCAAGUGUUGGUCACGGGGAGCUUGCAUCUCGUCGGUGGUGCGUUGUACUUGCUGCAUCAAGAGCAAGCCGAUGGUCUCUAGGUCAACAACAAGCCACAGCCACCCUAGACACGACUGGAAGAUACUUCGGCCGCACAGCUCUUCAUCCUGUCUGCUGAUAUACGGACCCGCGACCCAGACUGCU